CUAAAAACAAACAAAACGCAAGUGUUUCAACGCAGACACGCUAGAAAACUCAAACUCACCGUAAGCGAAAAGCAAUAGAAUUUCGACAGAGACACUUUCUCUGUCUCUUCAAUUUGAUCAAUUUCAAUCUCAAAUUCUUCUUAAUCCCUAACUUCAAAGCUUAAAUCUUUCCCUUUUUGGGUUUUCGUUUCUCUUUUCACUUCCGAUCGAUCCAAUUCACUUCUCAUGGCUACGAUCGGACACAACAAUCUCAAUGCAAAAUUGGUUCUUCUUGGUGAUAUGGGUGCUGGAAAAUCUAGUCUUGUUUUAAGAUUUGUUAAGGGUCAAUUUCUCGAAUUUCAGGAAUCAACAAUAGGGGCAGCAUUUUUCUCGCAGACAUUAGCAGUAAAUGACGCAACGGUUAAAUUUGAGAUUUGGGACACAGCAGGGCAAGAAAGAUACCAUAGCUUGGCUCCCAUGUAUUACAGAGGCGCAGCUGCUGCUAUAAUUGUCUAUGACAUCACUAGCUCAGAUUCCUUCUCACGAGCUAAGAAGUGGGUCCAAGAGCUUCAAAAGCAAGGCAAUCCAAACAUGGUCAUGGCUCUUGCUGGCAACAAAUCUGACUUGGAAGAUAAAAGAAAAGUGACAGCCGAAGAAGCUCGUGUAUAUGCCGAGGAAAAUGGUCUGUUUUUCAUGGAGACCUCUGCCAAAUCUGCAGCCAAUGUUAAUGAUGUAUUUUAUGAAAUAGCUAAAAGAUUACCAAGGGCUCAGCCAGCUCAAAACCCAGCAGGGAUGGUUCUUGUUGAUAGACCGGCCGAAGGAUCUAGGGCUGCAUCGUGUUGUUCAUAAGUGUUUCAGCUGUAUUUACCGGCCUUUCUCUUUUUAAUUUGUAUUGUUUUCAGUGGUUUGUAUGUGCUGCACCGAACUUGGGUUAUCACUGUUAUAUGGAGCUCCAACAGUAUAUGAAUGCAAUUUGCCACACAGAACUUGUUGGUUCAAAAAUAUCCCUUGGAUGCAUAUUUGGGUCCUUGCUACAAA